AUGGGAGAUUUACCUAGUGCUAGAGUAUCUCCUUCUCGUCCUUUCUCUCAUACCGAAAUUGAUUACGCGGGUCCAUUUUUGGUCCGCUCUAGUUCGGGUCGCGGAACCAAGUCACAUAAGGCUUGGAUCGCUGUUUUUGUUUGUUUUUCUGUUAAAGCCAUACAUUUGGAGCUUGUUGACGAUUAUACGUCAGCUGCUUUUCUCGCAGCUUUGAGACGCUUUACCUCACGUCGAGGUUUGCCAACAGAUCUUUAUAGUGACAAUGGCACGAAUUUUCGCGGUGCUGAUCGCGAAUUGUCACAUACAUUUAAGCUCAUUAUGAAAGAUCCGACGAUUGCUUCUCACAUGGCCUCAGACGGAAUCACGUGGCACUUCAUGCCUCCGUCUGCGCCGCAUUUUGGAGGUCUGUGGGAAGCUGGCGUGAAAAAUGUAAAAUUUCAUUUGCGUACAUUAUUAUCAAACGCUACACCGACUUCCGAAGAAUUAACGACUUUACUUUGUCAAAUCGAAUGCUGCUUAAAUUCUCGACCUAUUGUUCAACUAAACGAAGAUCCAGAGAGUUGCGAAGCAUUAACUCCUGGACAUUUUUUAAUCGGAUCUGCGUUAAAAACUGUACCUGCGAUAUCUGUUCUGGAUCUACCUGAGAACCACUUGUCGCGUUGGCAGUUUUAUAAACGUGUCUUAGAACAGUUUUGGCGCUCAUGGUCCAAAGAUUAUUUACAGUCACUGCAACAGCGAACAAAGUGGUUGUCAGAGCGAGUUAAUUUGAAAAUUAACGAUGUUGUUUUACUACGAAAUCCUAAUCUCCCACCCGCUAAAUGGGAAUUAGGACGUGUCAUUAAAUCUAUUCCCGGUCAAGACGGUAACGUUAGAGUCGUUCAAGUAAAGACGAGUGCGUCUGAAUUUACUCGUCCAAUCACACAAUUAGUUCGAUUACCGUGCAACUAUUCAUAA